CGGGUUGGACGGUUCCAAAUGAGUCUGGUAGGGGAGCUUCUUUAGGCUAGAAGGCUGCCCUAGGAAUUUACCUUCUUUCUCUCCAUAAUCCAUUUGUGCAGGCUUUAAUUUAAAGUCACGGAAGCACGUGUGCAGGCUGACAGUCCUCUCCACGGCCAUGAAGAAGACGGGGGCGGAACCCCUCCUUGUUGCUACUCCACCGAGUGGCCGCGUCCAUUCUGGGCCCGGUGGCCUGAUUUAAGGGGUAAGGAAAAGUGUCAGUUUUCGGGAUCUCAAAGGGUGGCGGCCCCAUGGCCCCGCUGGGAGGCGCCCCGCGGCUGGUGCUGCUGUUCAGCGGGAAGAGGAAAUCCGGGAAGGACUUCGUGACCGAGGCGCUGCAGAGCAGACUUGGAGCUGACGUGUGUGCUGUCCUCCGGCUCUCUGGUCCACUCAAGGAGCAGUAUGCCCAGGAGCACGGCUUAGAUUUCCAGAGACUCCUGGAUGCCAGCACCUACAAGGAGCCCUUUCGGAGGGACAUGAUCCGCUGGGGAGAGGAGAAGCGCCAGGCCGACCCAGGCUUCUUCUGCAGGAAGAUCGUGGAGGGCGUCUCCCAGCCCGUCUGGCUGGUGAGUGACACACGGAGGGUGUCUGACAUCCAGUGGUUUCGGGAGGCCUAUGGGGCUGUGACGCAGACGGUCCGCGUGGUGGCCACAGAGCAGAGCCGACAGCAGCGGGGCUGGGUGUUCACACCAGGGGUGGAUGAUGCUGAGUCAGAAUGUGGCCUGGACAACAUCGGGGCCUUCGAUUGGGUCAUUGAGAACCACGGAGAUGAGCAGCGCCUGGAGGAGCAGCUGGAGCGCCUGAUAGAAUUUGUCCGCUCCAGACUUUAGCUGGCAGGUUCUAGGAGCGAGCAGGGGCUGCCAGGGUGAGGGUGGGCUCCCUGUGCCGGACACGUGGUCACUGAUGCUGGCCGAGGUUGGGGGAGCAGACAGAGGGCCUGGGUCAAGGUUUCUGGGGGCUGGUAGAUGUCAGACAAGUUAAGAAACCGCCAGGGACCUCAUUUCUUCGUGGAAAGGACAGCCCUACCUCUUUAUAAGGAGACUUAAAGGGCAGAGGGGGGUGAGUUGGCUGUGCUUGAAGCAGAAGCAUCACCAUCUCCAUGGGUGCCAGACCUGUCAGCCUGUGGUGGCCUUGCUUCCCCGACUGGAUGCUCUCAGCCCCUUGUUCUCGGCAAGAGCCUGGGGCUCCCCAGUGUGGAUACUAAUAAACCUUCUUGGAGCACC